AAUGGAUAAUUUCCGUGUUGUUCGAAAUUUUGGGGAAUAUGCUGGAAAUGAAGGUUAUGCUACUUCGUUAGCUGAUCAGAGAGCCGUUGCUCGGGCUGCAGCUGCUCCUUGGUAUACUGGUCAUAUGAAUAUGUAUGAGGACUUUGGUGCAUUUGCUCCACAACCGCUUUCUUCUGCUAUUGGUGGCGGCGGAGGAGGUAGUGGGGGCGGUAGCGGCGGAGCUCGAAGUGGUGGAGGACGUAAGGGUGGUGGAGGCGGAUCAGGUCAAAGCGGACGUUAUGGAACGCAACGAUAUCUAAUGAAGCAAAGAAAUGUUCGCCGACAACAUAUUCAAUAUCCAUAUUCUCCUGUCCCAGACAAUGUUCCACAUAAAGAAAUUUCUGUUACAAGCAACAGUUGUUUUUGCUUCCAUGGAUAUGCCAAUAUUUUUACUUUACAACAUCGAGUUAAAGAUCUGACUGGAAUCUCUUCUGGAAAAUUUACUGAUGGUUCAACUCGUGAUUAUUCGUCGUUGGCUCGUGAAUUGUUGCGUCAGGCGUCGAUUAAACGUUCCGAUGUGGAAAGUUGGCGUACUGGUCGUGGACUUGAUGUUAUCCAGAAAGCAAUACUUGAAAAACUUCGCCAAUGUCAAGAUAUGCGAAAUGCUUUGACUAGCACUGGCGAUAAAAUUCUUGUUCAAAGCUUUGGUGGGGAUGAUUUUUACGGAUCUGGCACUCCUGCCAAAUAUGUUAAAGAUUGGUGUUCUGGAAUUGAAAAGAAUAAAGGUUCACUUAAAUUUCCAAUGGUGUUCCCGUUGACCGAAGAAUAUGUUAAAUAUAUUCCAGUUAUUGGAAAGGGCAAAAAUGUUUUGGGUGCACUUUUUAUGAUUUUGCGGGAAAAGUUAAACAAUUCACAAUUAGACGAUUUAAACUUUUCUUUUUCAAAAUCUGCUAGUGUCGGUGGUGGGCAAACUGGGAUGGAUUUUACUGUUGAUUCAAAUUCUUGA